AAGAUGGCGGCAGAGGCUUCAUCCCCUUAGGAAAACCUCGGCCGCCAUCUUGCUUGAUGGCAAACCUGCUCUCACAGCUGCAAAAAACAGCAGAGAGAAAGUACAGAAAAGUAUUGACCGUAUAGUACCAACGAAUAAUCUGUGAAAAUGGAAGAAAGAAAAACCAAGAGGAGGAGUCCUAAAUCAUCCACUUCUCACAUCACUCAGGUUGUCAAUAAGAAAAACUCUGUGCCUGCUAGCAAAAGUACAGGGUUUUCAAAUCCUCCACCGCAGCCAUCUUUGCAGAGACCAAAGUUUAAAAGAGGCAUGAAAGAGAAAGCCAAAGCACCAGGAACAGAAAGCAAAGGGGCACAGUCAGCUCCAAUCCAGCACUCAUUUCUCACUGAUGUAUCAGAUGUUCAAGAGAUGGAGAAAGGACUUCUGAGUCUUCUCAAUGACUUUCACUCUGGCAAACUUCAAGCAUUUGGAAAUGAAUGUUCCAUAGAGCAAAUGGAGCACGUAAGAGGAAUGCAGGAGAAGCUGGCUCGCUUGAAUCUAGAGCUUUAUGGGGAGUUAGAAGAACUUCCUGAAGAUAAAAGAAAACUAGCUAGUGACUCCAAUCUGGAUAGAUUGCUGACAGAUGCUGAGAAGCAGUGACUAGCCCAAGGUCUUCCAGUGAGCAUCAUUAGCAAGUGGGGAUUUCAACCCCAGUCUCCCAGGUUUUACUCCAACACUCUAACCACUUCACCACACAGGCUCUCAAGUGCAUUAUUAAUUCCCCAAAAGUGAGAUCAAAAAUCAUCUUGUGUAUUUUGGGGUUCUCAAGGUAUACAUUGUGAAUGUUUAGAAGAAAUUGCCACCAGAAGCCUGGUUUAUUUCUUAAUGAAGAAGUAUGACUGAAAUGGACACCCAAGUUGAUAUUUUUAUUAGUUCUUAAUACAGAGAUCCCCAAACUUUGCAGCAAUUUUACGUGAACAUUACAAUCAUUUAAAAAUAUCUAGCUGUAAGAAGGAUAUAAUGUUUGGAUAUAAGAAUAGAAAAAUAUAUAGUAGUUAGAUGUAUCCAAAAUAUUAAAAGGGGUGAAAACUGCUGAAUGCUUAUAAAUUUGCUUUUAAAAAAAUGAAAUCUAUGGGGAACCUCCAGCCUGGGGGCCUAAUUAGGCCUUCUGGGACUCUUGAGGUUGGCCCACCAGGCCAUUUGGGGCAAACCACACCCAUCUUUCCCCCGCCUGAUGUCAUAUGAUAUCAAAAAUGGGAAAGUUCAAACAAGAAUUCAAGCAACCUCUGCUUGAAUUCAAAAAGUGCCAGAUUCAAGCUGGGGCUGCAAAGGAAGACUCUUACGAUGUUUGGUGACUGACAGAUAGUUGGGCUACCCAUCUGUCAAAGUGGCUUGUGGUGGGUUGGCCACUUCUAGACAUGGCAGGGUUCCCCACCCUUGUCCUGUUUAAACGUGUCAGCCCAUCUUUCAGAAAUCAACUGCAGGUCCUUUGAUGAGACAUAUCAGUUGGAUCACUGGUGCUGAGAGGAUCUAAAGGUAGUUCCGAUGUCUUCUCUGUUCUUUUCUCAUGUACUAUUUGGUUUGGGUUUUUUCUCUUUAAAUUAUUUCCUUUUUCCUUAUCUUGUCUUGCUGUUUUUCCAUUCUUCAUAUACAUGAGCAACUCCUUCUUAUGGUGCACACUAUUUUCUACACACAGCAUAUGUAGGCAUACUAUUAUUAUUUUUCUUGAUUUUUACUAAUGUCUCUUCUUUUAGCUGAAUAUCUUUGCACACACUCUGCACAUACAUCUCGCCAAUUUCAAGUUGCUUCUCCUUCGUCUCCUCUUUCGGGCAGCAGUGUGCUAAUUUGCCUCAGAAGACCUGAUACCAUUACUUUAUGCCCUACAACAGUAUUCUCUCAGUGUUCUGAGCAGGAGUUCUUUAUGCUUGUAUUAAUCCUUAUAUAAUUCAUGAAUCAUUUGAGAUAGUGUGGUUAGUGGCUUGGACCACAUACCCACUCAGCCAUGAAGCUGACUUAAAUGCAUUAUGUGGUGUUGCACAAUUUUUUUCUUAACUUGGAAUAACAGUGGCUGGAGGAGAAUUAAAAUAGUGUGGGGGUAGGGAGGAUUUAGCCUUUUCACCCUGCACUGUGGUCCUGGUGAAAAUUGCCCCUCAAGCUGCUAUUUGGCUCCAAGAGCAGCAUUUUGUCUGAGCUAUAUGGGAGCUUUAGAGGGGGAGUGGGGAGAAUUUUUGGUUGGGAUCACAGCAUAGAAGGGUGAGGAAUUUUUUUAUAUAUUUAAAAAAUCCUUCCUCACCAAGGUCAUGAUCAGACCCUCCUUGGCUGCCACUUAAAAGUUAAAAUACUGCAGUGUAACUAAACUGUGCAUUUAAUGUAAUGUGCCGUUAGGCAACACCAAGAAAAAGGGCCAAUCUUGUGAUGAUAAAACAGGAAGCAGGGAGCCAUGUAUGCCAUCCUAAGGGCCUUGCAAGAAAGAGGCAGAUAAAAAUGUCAUAAACAAUAUGGUUGUGUAAGAAAAAUAAACCCAUGAAGUAUUUUUCGUAUGUUCCUGUGGCUCUUUAAUGGCUAGAGAAGCUGAGACUUAUUAUCUUAAAUAUUGCUGUUCCCAAUGUCCAUGUCAUACCAGAAAAAACAUAAGACUUUUAUAGCUUAAUCUUGUGAGACAUAAUUCCUUAA